AUGCUCACCUCCCGAGCGACUGCCUCCGGCGUCCGCCCUCUCGGGCGGCGCGCAAUGGCCGGACGGCGCGCCAACAUGUCCCGGUUGGCGACGCCCACGCCACACACGCCCUUCUCUUUUGCGCUGGCCACCGUCGGUGUGCCCACCGCCGUUGCUCUCGGCCUUCGCCAUGUCCCCCGAUUCUACUCUACGUCCACCCAGACUACAACUACGACUACGACCUCUAACCCACCUCCGCCCCUGCCCGCCACCCAGUCUCCCGCGCCAAACAAGACAGUGGUGACUGUUCCUCCCCCUGGUACCCCGGCUCCCCCACCCCCUGUUCCCGUCGAGAAGGGUGCCGAUGCUGCACUCGCUGCGGCGGAGGAAAAGCCUGUCUCCAAGGAGAAGAAGAAGCCCACAGGCCCUUUGUACAAGCGCGCCUGGGCUGUCAUCAAGAAGGAGGCCGCGCACUACUGGCACGGUACCAAGCUUCUUGGUCAGGAGGUCAAGAUUUCGUCCCAGCUCCAGUGGAAGGUGCUGCACGGCGGCGCACUCACGCGUCGUGAGCGCCGUCAGCUUCGCCGCACGACCACCGACCUCCUCCGUCUCGUCCCGUUCUCGGUCUUUGUCAUUAUCCCGUUCAUGGAGCUGCUUCUCCCGGUUGCGCUCAAGUUAUUCCCCAACAUGCUUCCGAGCACUUUUGAGGGCCAGCUUGCCAAGGAGGAGAAGGAGCGCAAGCUGCUGCGUGUGCGUCUUGAGAUGGCCAAGUUCCUCCAGGAGACUGUAAAGGACACCGGCCUCAAGGCUGACCAGGUUGUGCGCUCGGACGAGUUCAAGGAGUUCUUCCGCAAGAUUCAGGCUACUGGCGAGGACCCGUCGCACGAGGACAUUAUCCGUGUGGCCAAGCUCUUCGAAUCUGAGAUCACUCUCGACAACUUGACCCGCGCUCAGCUCGUUUCCGUCUGCAAGUACAUGAACAUCCACGCGUUUGGUACCGACACCUUCCUCAAGCACCAGAUCCGCUCGCGUCUCGAGAAGAUCCGCGUCGACGACAUGAUGAUCCACGCCGAGGGCGUCGACUCGCUUUCAACCAAGGAGCUCCAGCAGGCGUGCCAGUCGCGUGGUAUCCGGUUCCAGGGCACGUCACCGGCUCACCUCCGCGAGGAGCUUGAGCAGUGGAUCAACCUGCACUACAUGGAGAAGAUUUCUGGUGUCCUGCUCAUUCUCUCGCGCGCGUUCAACUUUGGAGGCAAGGCAGACGACGUCAUGCCCUCGCUCGUGUCGACGCUCGCCUCGCUUCCCGAGAACCUCAUUGACGAGACCGAGCUUGCCCAGUACAAGGACGACGUCGACUUUAAGCAGAAGCUCGAGGUGCUCCAGCAGCAGCAGGAGCUCAUCGAGGAGGAGGCUGUCCAGGAGAAGGAGGAGAAGGAGGCCCGCGAGGCUGAGCGCGAGGCCAAGGCCGAGGCUGAGGCCCAAGCUGCCGAGGCCAAGGCCGCCGAGAAGGCUGAGGCUGAGGCCAAGGCUGCUGCCGAGGCCAAGGCUGCUGGUGUCGAGGAGCCUGCUGCUGCCCCUGUGACCGACGGUGCGCACCCAAUUGCGGCCGCGGCACCCGCAACCGACUCCAAGCCAGGAGAGGCUGCGCCAGUCCAGGCUGCCGCCGAGGCGCCAGUGGAGGAGGAGCACAAGCCAGAUGCCGCCAAGAUGACCAAGGAGCAGCUCAACCAGCUGGCCGAGGCGCUCUCGAUUCUUACGGCCAAGUCGUCAAUCGCAAAGGAGCGCGACGAGCUCGCGGCGCUCUUCGAGGACAACCUUCUCUCCGAGGCGCUCUCCAAGGAGCACCCCGACGAGGCUGACAGCAAGUCGGUGGCUCUCAGCAAGCGUGUGCGGUCCAUGAUUAAGAAGAUCGACGCGCAGCUCGAGAAGUACGACGAGCGCGUCGGUUCCAGUCUCAACCUGAUCCACACGAACGCCAAGGGCCAGAUCCGUAAGAAGGACCUGUUCAAGGCGUUGCGCGUCAUCGCACACGCGCCUCCUGAUGAGGUUAUUGAGGAGAUCGGGCAGAAGCUCGACCCCGACGGAGACGGGAUGGUCGAGCUCGACCACGUUCUCGAGCUGGCACAGGAGGACGCACUGGGCCUCGGUGUGCUGUUCGACGAGGCGGCCGACCUCCUCGACAAGGGGAGCGACAUCAGGCACUCCAAGGACCUCAAGGAGGUUAAGGAGAUCAAGCCCAAGCGCGAAGACAUUGUCCAGGAGUAG